AUGAUGGCCGAAGUAGCGGAAGCGAAAAGAGCCACGGAAAUCGAUGGGAGGCUGCUGAUCAAAGGAUUCUCCACAUUAUUUGUCCCGACAAAACGUGUGGAUGAUCUAGUCAUGUGGCACAUGCUAUACAAUGAGGACGGCGGUCGCAUUUCCUACUUUGACCUCCGAGGGGUUGACAUCGGUGAUGCAUCCGUCAAAGGCCUAACUUUCUCGGCUCUGGAGUCCAGUCGGCAUAUCCUUGGAUGGUGCUCCGUAGCCAAGAAUCUUGCAGGUUCGAGGCACGCUAAAUACGAUAUCAAGGCGUCCGGAUUAAGUCAGCCAGGUCAGGGCUGGACGUUCGAGAAGGUUUCGAUAUCUGGCGGCAAGAUCAUCAACGGCGGAGUAACUUUCGGGAAAGGAAACAUCAACAACCCACUUCACAUCAGGCGCCAACCCGUGUAUGUGAAGCAAAUAUACGAGGCAAGCUGCAAACAUGUCAUCUUCUACGACGUUGGAGACAGGCGCGCGUGGCUUGUAAAUGGCGCUGCUGCCCUUCUGCAUCUUGCUCGCGCGUACCUGGUUUUCGCAAGCAAACAGCCAUUCCUAAGUACUAUGACCAAAUUCCGUCUGGACGACCUCUGGGCACCGAAUGACGAGUACGAAGCAUCUGCUCCUUUCAAGAUCCUUUGCAACAGCAAGAACAUGGAUCUCGUCAUAUACGAAGAUUGGAAGCCGGCCAACGAAGCGAUAAUAGAUGCCGAAGGUAACCUCGCUAAGACAGCAAAGGUCAAAGACGCUCAUUUCCGGUUUCGUGAUCAGGUCGACGAAAUAUACCACAUUUGGGAACAAAUCCAAGAGUUCCAAACCAAGAUGACGGACAACAUCAGGCUCACCGAUCGAGACAAACUCCAAGGAUUCAACUUCAUGGACGUUGCCACAGGGGAGAGAAACGGCGAUUCAUCCUCGGACGUGGUACAACGUGCGACCGUGUUCAGGUCCUUCUUCCUCCAUCCUUGGGGCGAAAGGUUGACCCUGGUCCGCUGGAGGAGAAAGGAGCCGUGA